GUUAUCUGAUGUUUCUCUAUUGCAGACGCCCAGUCUCGUUGGUCAUUGCCAUUUCUAGUUUCGACUCAAAGAUGUGAACUUUAAGGAGUCUCCGACAUGUUUUCUGGGAUUCCGAAGUCCCCAGCGAAUCUCGUACCUAAAAGUGGUCGCUCAUCUCGCGCUGCAGCGGUAACCCCGCUCGUGCAUGCUUCUGAUCUUUCCACUCUCUUACAAGGGCGCGUUCCCCGCCUUCAUCUUCUUCAAAUCCACGCCCGCGUCUUCAGACUCGAUGGCCAGCAGGACAAUCUGGUGGCGGCCCGUCUCAUUGGCCAAUACCCAUCGCGCAUUGCGUUCGAAGUUUUCAAGCAGCUGAAGAGCCCCAACAUCUUCCCCUUCAACGCCAUCAUAAGGGUCUUCGCCGAGGAGGGCCUGUUUCCAAAGGCUUGGUCCCUGUUCAGAGCCUUGAAGCAGCGCCAGCUCUCGCCCAGUGAUUUCACUUUUUCGUUCCUUCUCAAGGCGUGUUUUCGAUGCGCGAGCGUCCGUCAAGUGAACCAAAUUCACACCCAUGUGCUCAAAGCUGGUUUCUGUGAGGAUCCUAUCGUGUGUAACGGCCUUCUCUCUGUUUAUGCCAAGUCCGUUAAGGAUUUGGUUUCCGCGUGUAAGCUGUUUGAUGAAAGUCCCCAGAGGAAUUUGGUAUCUUGGACUUCUUUGAUAUCUGGUUAUGCUCAGUCGGGUCAGGCUGAAGACGCGUUGCAGCUUUUCGUUGACGUUGUCCAAGAGGAUUUGAGGAUUGGAGAUGAAAUCCUCGUAAGCGUCUUAUCGGCGUGUUCUACUAUUCAGGUCGCCCAUCUGGAAAGAUGGGUUAAUAUUCUGUCAAAAUUUGUUGCAGAUGUGAAUCUUGAUGAUGUUAAACGGGAUUCGAUCAAUAUUGUUCUUAUACAUUUGUAUGGAAAAUUGGCGAGAAUAGAUAAGUGUAGGGAAAAAUUCAAUGAAAUAACUAAUCAUGGAAUUGGAAGAUUGCUUCCUUGGAAUCUCAUGAUAACUGCAUCUGUUCAAAAUGGUUGCCCUAUGGAGGCCCUGCAUAUUUUCCACCAAAUGCUGGAGGAUAGCAACCGAAAGCCUAAUGAAGUUACUAUGGUUAGUGUCCUUUCUGCUAGUGCUCAGGUUGGGGAUUUGGAUCUUGGCAAAUGGCUUCACAAUUAUUUGAGGUCAGAAGGAAGCAAAGGCAUUCUUCAAUCGAACAAAGUUCUAGCGACCGCAUUGAUAGACAUGUAUUGUAAAUGCGGGAGGCUGGAGGAGGCUAAAGAAGUUUUUGAUCAGAUGAUAUGGAAAGAUAUUGUCUCGUUCAAUGCUAUGAUCAUGGGUCUUGCAAUGAACGGUGAGGGAGAAGAGGCAUUGCGGCUAUUUUCCAGCAUCCGAGAUUUAGGUCUGCACCCUAAUUCUAGCACAUUUCUUGCAGCCUUAUGUGCAUGCAGCCACUCAGGCUUGUUGGAUGAGGGACGGAGGAUCUUCUCAGAGAUGCGGAUGAUGAUUUCAGUCUCUCCCGGUUUGGAGCACUAUGCCUGUUACAUCGAUCUCCUUUCACGUGUAGGUCAUAUUGAAGAAGGUUUAGGAGUUGUUGCCUCUAUGCCUUUUGAACCUAAUAACUUUGUGUGGGGAGCUUUGCUUGGGGGUUGCCUGCUCCAUGUUCGGGGAGAACUCGCUCAGCAUGUAUCGAAAAAGCUUGUGGAAGUCGACCCUGAAAACUCUGCUGGUUAUGUGAUGUUGGCUAAUGCAUUUGCAGCUGAUAGGCAAUGGGAUGAUGUCUCAGUUCUGAGGUGGUUCAUGAGAGAAAAGGGGGUCAAGAAGCAACCGGGACAUAGCUGGAUCCAAAUAGAUGGUGUCAUGCACGAAUUUCUUGUGGGGAUGCCAGGGCAUCCGCAAUCGGGGUUGGUAUAUGAAACUUUAGGCACAUUAGAGAAAGCAAUGAAGGUUCCUUAGAGCUGUACUUUUAUGAUAGAACAAGUUGAUUCAUUCAGAUAGUGAUGGCUUGCCGGUGGCGGGCGUGGCUCGAAAAAAUUACACUCAGUGGGAAGGAGUUGUCAUUUGAAGGCGAGAUGUUGUCGCAUCUGAGCCAUAUGCUUAACCUCAGACAACCCAAUUCAAGUACCUAUGAAAGAAAGGUUGUGCAGAUUAAAAGAGAAUGAA